GUACGAGUACUGGAGGUAGGAACAGUUGUCCAAGUAGAGUACGGACCAAUAUAACUCUACGCGACAUCGCGCCAAGACAUCCCCUUCACUCCGAAGCGCGUCUCACGAGACGCUCCCAACGUACCGUACCAUACUCCAACCACCAAAUUCAACAACUCAUACUCAACUACAAUCAAGAUGCCAUCCAAAAAACGCAAGGACGAAGGGGAAGACCUCGUCGAUGAAGAGCCACCGUCAGUUGUGCCAUAUGAUGUACUCGGACUCGAGAAGAGCGCAACCGCCGAUGAGAUCAAGUCGGCGUACCGCAAAGCUGCGUUGAAGCACCACCCAGGUUAGUUCUCCUCUCUCUAUCUUCUUCUUUGCUACUCUUUGCGUGCAAUUAUCUAUCCGCGCGCUAUUGGCAUUAUGUAUUUGAAGCUUUGAAACAAUCUGCAAUGUCAAAACUUACUAACUCCAUCUCAAGACAAGGCCCCAGAACACCUCAAAGAUGAAGCCCACACCAAAUUUCAAGAAGUCGCCUUCGCCUACGCCAUUCUCUCUGAUCCAGUCCGUCGAAAACGUUACGACGUCACAGGUUCGACCUCGGAAUCAAUCGACAUUGACGGCUUCAGCUGGUCCGAGUAUUACUCUGAGCAAUUCCGCGACGUGAUAACUUCCGAAUCAAUUGCAACCUUCUCAAAAGGCUACAAGGGAUCCGAUGAGGAGAAGGACGAUUUGCUUAGCGCAUACACAAAUGCCAAGGGCAAAUGGAGUGGCAUUUAUGAGACUGUCAUGUUGAGCAAUCCGUUGGAGGACGAGGAGAGAUUUAGGGAGAUUAUCGACAAGGCUAUUGCCGAGAAGGACGUGGAGGCUUAUACGGCUUACACCAAGGAAACUGCGAAGCAGAAGGAGAGUCGCAUGAAAAAAGCGAGGAAAGAGGCAGAGGAAGCAAUGGAAUACGCCAAAGAACUGGACGACGAGGAGCAAGUAUCUGGGAAAACAAAUGACAGCAACAGCAAGAAGAAGAAGGGUGGCCAAGACGAUUUAGCAGCUCUGAUUCAGCAAAGACAGGCAGGACGUGGAGCUGCUUUCCUUGAGAGCCUGGAAGCGAAAUACGUCAAGGAGAAUAAGAAAUCGAAAGGCAAGGCGGGAAAGAAAGGCAAGAAGAGAGCUAUAGAUGAGGACGAGGAUGAAGAUGAUGGCAUGCCCUCAGAAGAAGCCUUUCAAGCUGCCGCAGCAAAGCUGAAGCAGAAGAGCGAGGCUAGUGGAGGAAGGAGGUCCAAGCGUGCGAAGAGUUGAUUCAUGGCGAAUCGUUCUUCAGUCAUCUGUUUUCAAGGAUUUUUAUUUGAAGUUAUUUACUCUGGCAUGAGCGCUGGAG